GUCGGAAUCAUCGCAGCCAGCAUUAACCGCCACACCAUCAUUCCUUCAUACAGGUCUACGGCCAUGUUGAGACCUCGCACCAUUCGACCGCUGUCGCGAUCAAUACGCAACACUACUCAACGAGCAGCAGCAUGUCAAAGCCGUAGGGGACUGGCAACAACGGUUGCAGAGGAACAGGACCCUGUUGAUCUGGAUCAACUCACCACCCUUCCCAAUGGCAUCCGUGUCGCGACCGAGGCUCUCCCUGGCCCUUUCUCCGGUGUGGGAGUCUACGUGGAUGCUGGUUCCAGAUUCGAGAACGAUGCGCUGCGCGGAGUGAGCCAUAUCAUAGAUCGACUCGCCUUCAAAUCGACGAAAUCAACAAGUGGAGACCAAAUGAUAGAAAAGAUGGAAUCGUUAGGUGGAAACAUCCAGUGCGCUUCGUCGCGGGAGUCUUUGAUGUACCAGUCUGCAUCCUUCAACUCCGCCGUCCCUACCACGAUUGGAAUCCUCGCAGAGACCAUCCGCGACCCGCUCAUCACCGAAGACGAAGUACAGCAGCAGCUCGAGACUGCCGAUUACGAGAUUGGAGAGAUAUGGUCGAAACCAGAGCUCAUUCUCCCUGAAUUGGUCCAUAUGGCUGCGUAUAAAGAUAACACUCUGGGACAUCCGCUGCUCUGCCCGAAGGAGCGUCUACCCUUUAUCAACCGGCAGGUGGUGGAGGCCUACCGCAAGGAGUUCUACAAGCCGGAGAGAAUGGUCGUUGCUUUCGCAGGUGUGAAUCACAAUGAGGCAGUCCGGUUAACACAGGAAUACUUUGGUGAUAUGCAGAAGGGCACCGGCCCUGCUCUCGUGAGCCCCAGUCAGGACAGCACCAUCUCCAGCAGCGCGCCCUACGAACAUACAUUCACAGCUUCCCACCCUACCCCCAUGGGCGCACCCCCUCAGAGCUCGAAAUUGCUUUCUAAGAUCCCCUUCUUUAAGAAUCUCUCCACUUCCGCGACAUCCCAAGCUUCAGUGCAGACCUCCCUCGAUCUCAACUUCCCACCAAUCGAUACUUCCACACCAUCCCACUAUACCGGCGGCUUCCUCACGCUUCCUCCGAUCCCACCGCCGGCCAACCCCGCUCUGCCUCGCCUCUCGCACAUUCAUCUCGCCUUCGAAGCCCUCCCCAUCAACUCUCCCGACAUCUACGCCCUCGCCACGCUACAAACCCUUCUCGGAGGUGGAGGAUCCUUCUCUGCCGGAGGUCCCGGAAAGGGCAUGUACUCGAGGCUGUACACCAACGUACUUAACCAGCAUGGCUGGGUCGAGUCCUGCAUUGCCUUCAACCACUCUUACACGGACUCGGGAUUGUUUGGCAUCGCAGCGUCAUGCGCGCCAGCACUGGUGGCCCAGAUGUUGGAGGUCAUGUGCCGCGAGCUAGUCUCUCUCUCCGACGAGACGGGAUACGCAGCACUCAAGGAGGGCGAGGUCCAGCGGGCGAAGAACCAGCUCCGCUCCUCAUUGCUCAUGAACCUGGAGUCACGCAUGGUGGAGUUGGAGGAUCUCGGCAGGCAGGUACAAGUCCACGGACGCAAGGUCGGCGUCAAGGAGAUGUGCAAGAAGAUCGAAGCUGUCACGGUCAAGGACCUACGUCGGGUCGCCAGGGAGGUGUUCGGUGGGCAAGUGCAGAACCUUGGGGGUGGAAGUGGAGCGCCAACAGUGGUGCUUCAGGAGGGUGAGCAGGAGGGAUUGAACAGGAAGGACUUCCAAUGGGACGACAUCCAGGCUCGGAUUGCUAGGUGGCAAUUGGGACGACGAUAGAUCGACGCAAGGGACAGCAAACAUCAUGUAUGAACCUUUUGUACAAUACGAAUAGAAGCAUUAUCAUGGCAAUAUAAAAAUGAAUGUAAAGUACUUAGCACAAC